AUGGACAACCUGACAUUCAGACAUAGCAUUCUCUUAGUGGAGGGACUGAAACUCACACGUCAAUCCUCUUAUCCUGUUUUCAUUGUGAUUUUAGUGGCUUACGUCUUUGCAACAAUAUCAAAUAUUGCACUUAUAAUUUUGAUCUCAACAGAGAAGAAGCUACAUAAACCUAUGCACCUUCUGUAUUGUAAUCUUCCCGUGAAUGAUGUAUUAGGUACCACUGUCAUUUUACCACGAUUACUGCAGGAUAUUUUAAAGGAUGAAUCAGAGCGUUAUAUCACAUAUGUCGAGUGUGUUAUUCAAGCUUAUUUUGUGCACAUAUUUGUUGCCACAUGCCAUUAUGUACUGAUGAUCAUGGCUUUUGACAGAUAUGUGGCUAUAUGUAAUCCAUUACGAUACACGACUAUAAUGACCAACAAAAUGGUGCUUAAACUAUCAGCAUCAGCUUGGGGGGUGGCAAUAGUUGUGGUGUCUAUUAUGUUAGGCCUCACCAUACGUCUGUCUCACUGCAGAUAUAAAAUUGAAAAUCCUUUCUGUGACAAUGCAUCACUGUUUAAACUGUCCUGUGAAAAUGUUGCCAUUAAUAAUGUGUUUGGAGUUAUUUAUACUGUGAUUAUAGCAUGUGUGUCAAUAUUGUAUAUAUUUCUUACAUAUAUCAAGAUUGCCACUGUGUGCAUAAAAAGCAAAAACAAAGCACUCAACAGCAAAGCCAUCAAAACCUGUAGUACUCAUUUAGCUGUUUAUUUAAUCAUGUACACAUGUGGAGCCACUUUUAUAUUUCUCCAUCGUUUUCCUGAAUACCUGGACAGCAGGAAACUAGCUAGUAUCAUGUUGCACAUUGUACCACCAGGAUUAAAUCCUUUAGUGUAUGGUUUACAAACCAAAGAAAUUAAACAAAAGAUUGUUAAAAUUUGGGGUAGAACAAAUGUAAACUCUUGA